CAGUCUCAGUCAGUCACAACUCACUAAACAUCCGAGCUGUACGUGUCUCGUCUAAAUUUUGUUCAAAAUUCCAAAUUUUAUUUUGUAUUUUUGUUUUAUCCAAAUCCUUGAUCCCUUACGACUUUUUCACCAUGCCUGUCAUGUUCAAUCCGUAUUACAUUGGACCCAAUCCACCAUGCUGCGAUACAGACUGCACUGAGGGAGGAAAUUGUCCAAUUCCGGAAUGCGGUCCAUGUCCAGGUCCAUGCGGAGGAGGAUGUUCAUCAAAGCCUGCAGAACUACCGCCAGCUCCGGUCUGUCCACCACCUGCUCCACUCGGUCAAUCAUCAGCCUGUCCACCACAAACACCUGCCGCCGAGUCUGCCCAACCAUCAGGAGCCCAGAGGCCUGGCUGUUAGAUUAUGCUGCAAUUGCUGAGCGGUUUGGAUAAGACGAAUCUUACAAAACUAAUGAACUGGUUAAAUUUUCGAGUACCAAUAAAAAAUACAUUUGGCUAAUUA